AUGGCCGUGACACAAAAGCUGUACCCUCGCGGUACCGUGAAGCGAAUUGUCAAGGCGCGCGCUGGUCGUAACAUCAGCAAGAACGCAGAUGUCUUGAUUACAUGCUAUUCAUGCAAGAGUAUGCGCCCCAUUCCAAAUCAUUGCACGCCGUUUGAGAAGAUCGCCCUACCCCCAUUCGACUACAUACUUACAUAUCCAAAUCACAGACUCAUGCGCGAAGCCUCAAUUCGAUCCCGAAAAUCAGGCGAAAAGGGCAUCUCAGCGCGCAACAUUCGCAGAGUCACGGAGGUCAGUUCAUAUACCAAUUCCUUUUCCAUCAAGCUGUCCACUUUGGAGCGCAGUCGUGUUGCUGACUCCUUUCGGAAUUUAAUCAGGCUACGUUACGAAAAAUGA